AUGGCUACCUCUUAUGAAGCGUUCUCCGGCAGCUUCAAAUGUGCACUAAUUCAACUAAACCCCAAGCCUCUUGACGCAGAACAUAAUUUUACAACAGCUUCAGCUCACAUCCGCGAAGCAGCUGCACAAGGGGCAUCCUUAGCUGUGCUGCCAGAAUACCAUCUCUCGGGAUGGACACCGGAAGAUCCGGGCUUUGCCACCCUUGCAAAAACGGCGUAUCAAUAUGUCUCUAAGUAUCAGGAAUUAGCCAAAGAGCUCAAAAUCAACAUUGUCCCAGGUACUAUCGUCACAAUUGAACCGACCUCAGAAAAUGCGACAGUAGAAUCAAAUGGCACUGGACCAGCGGCAACAGCAUCCACCGGCUCCCAUCCACCAGCACUGCUCAACAUCGCUCCCUUCAUCGCCUUCACUGGCGAGGUCCUAGGCUCAUACACCAAAGCGAAUCUUUGGAUUCCCGAACGCAGCGUCUUGACAUCUGGACCUGACUCUGUGCGUCAAGCCGCCGCCGCGCGCCCAGCACCACAGCACCACACCCACGCCACGGACGAAGGCCCACCGAAACCACAUACCGUGAUUGAAACGCCGCUCGGUCCCGUCGGCAUCGUCAUCUGCUGGGACCUGGCGUUUCCGGAGAGCGUUCGCAGCCUCGUGCGACAGGGCGCGCGGAUCAUCAUCAUCCCCACGUUUUGGACCAAGGAUGACCUUACCCCCGAAGCACGCAACUACGGCCCAGACGUGGAUGCGCAGUUCCUCAAGGCGGCGCUCGUGACACGCUCGUUCGAAAAUACUUGCGCGGUCAUCUUCUGUAAUGUGGGUGGGCCGGUGGAAGAAGGGUAUACGGGCCUCAGCCAGGUCGUGUUGCCGCUGGUUGGUCCUGUGCAGGGUUCUUUUGAGGAUAGUGAGGUCGGAAUGCGGAUUGUGGAUGUCGACAUGAGGGCUGUUGAUGUGGCGGAGGAGAAUUAUAAGAUAAGAGAGGAUCUCGCCAGUGAUAAUUGGCAUUAUGGCUACAGUCAUGAGAGGUAA